AUGGACAGUCGACCACAGGCUGAGAGAGACGCUGCUCGCGAUGCUGUCCGCGGUCAAGUCUUCCGCACCGUCGAGCUGCUGGAGAUGAUCUUGUCCAACAUCGCCGACCCCUACGAGGUGCUGCUGCUCCGCGCCGUCGGCAGGAACUUUCGCGAUACCAUCGAUGGUUCGGUCUCGCUCACUGGGUCCUUCAUCUUCGCUCAAACUCAGAGCGCAACCAUCCCGGGGCCGUCGCUGCUGGAGUCAUUCUACGAAGACAACACGCACUCCUUCGACGGGCCAGCAAAUGCAGCUGCAGGGCUGUACAAUCGCCACUUUCUAGACUUUGGCUGCUUUGGGCCUGUCGGUCGAAAUCUCCCGUACAGAUACGAAACGAAAGAUGGAAUCCUCACGCUUCCCAACAUGGAACUCGACUACGACGAGAUUUCACAAGAGGGCAGUCUUUCAGUGUCCUUCGCUGCCGUUCCCAAAUCACUCGAUCUCGGCCUGCUCGCUUGCAUGUUCUUCACCAGUCAUCCGAUCCCCGUUAUAAAGCUGAAGUUUCAAAACCCUGAUUACGAUCCCCUCGCACUCAGAAAAGAUCCCGACUCCUGGAAGCAUGUGGAAAUUACGCUGGAGAAUCCGAGACUUGGCGAGGUGCUGGAUAUGUGUUGGCUUCUGCUGGCCAUCGUUUCGAUUCUUCGGAAGAGACUUGCUCGUCAGGAUGCUAAGGAGGCGCUGAGGGAGUUGCGGAGGGAGGAGAAGGAAGAGUGGCAGCGCUGGGGUGGUGGGGACGAAGAAGACUCUGUUGAAGAGGCUGAAGAGGCUGAAGAGGUUGAAGAGGUCGAGCCAUGUCUAUGGAGAGGUGUGGUAUACUGA